UUUCUCUCUUCUUCUCUCUUCUUCACGAGACCACUAAAAAUUAGGGUUUUCAGAUUUCUUCAAAUUUUGCGAAAUCUGGGUACUUCUCUCACAUAUCUUCUUCUCUCUUCUUCUUCUGUUAUUGAAAACGAGAAACCCAAAAAUUAGGGUUUUCAGAUCUAUGCUCCUUCUUCCUUCUCUCGCCGUUAUAAGAUCUACUCAUCUUCUAAACCGUAGAUAUGCCUUAUAGUUACUCCCAACCCUCCACAUCCGUAGCAAGCAUCAACAGUGGAGAAUGUAAUGCAGAUGCCAAUUAUGGUGUUCCCGAGAGGUGUUUCUGUGGUGAGAUGGUCAAACUUGAGCGAUGUCUAACAGGACAGCGCCAAGGAGAGCGCGUAUACAGAUGCCCAGUGCUUAAGGAUGGAGACGAAUAUAAGGAUAAUCGAGAUUACCUAGUUCAAUGGUGGGAUUGGGCGGUAACUGAGGAGCUGUCCAAGAUACACCACCUAUUUGACAGACAUAAAGAUGACGUGUUAACCUCUCUUGAAUAUGGGAGGGGUGGAAAUCCUGCAUUGGAGUCGAUCCGGGAAACUCUUCGUCUUAUGCGUGAAGAAAUUGAUGACCUUAAAGAGAGGUUAGCCACAAAAGAAGUCGAGAUUGCGAGGCUUAGGGGGUUACUUUCAAGGUGGUAAUAUUGUAUGAUUACCACCUACUCUUUGUAAUAUUUGAAUUUGUAUUUUGGAUAUGGAAUUGUGUUUUCAUGAAGUAUUAUUAGUAGUUGUACCUGCAGUAAUGGUAGUUGUACUUGGUUCAACCGGUACAACUCCGACUUAUAUGUACUCACUAAGUAUUUUUAA